GAUGUGAGUGGUAGAGAACCUCCAGACAUAGUGCGUUGAGGGCAUCAUGGCUUCAGUGCUCCUGCUUCAGCUGCUCCUGGUCUCAUUGGCCUCUGCGUCGCAUUUCUUUGGGGGAUCCGUGACAUUCAGCGUCAAAGACAGAAACCCUGACGGAUCAAUUCAGGUGGAAGUUCGCAACAGGGCGACCUUUGAUGGGUGUCAAUUCCGCCAAAACUGGGGUUGUUCCAGAAGCAACUGUGGCUAUAUCUCCAGCAGUGAGAGAGGUAUAAUUGACCGCAGCACCAAUGCACCACAAUCCAACAGACAAUGGUGUGAAACUGAAACAGUCACCACAAGAAACAUCCGGAGUGACAAACCUUUUCAAUUAAAGGCUGCUAGCUGCUGUUGGAUCCCAACUCGUCACGGGCUGAAUAAUAAUUGGAGACUACUGACUUCACUGGAUUUGGGAUCAAGAUCUGACACUGGAAAACCCAACAGGUCACCAGACAUUGCCAUUCUACCUUUCCUCAGAGUUCCCCAGAACUGCCCACGGACAUACCAGCUGAUGUCCUUUGAUCCUGAUGGAGACAGAGUUCGAUGCAGAUAUGGAAAUAUCAGAAAUGUAGAGUGUAGCUCAUGUCACCAACCUUCAGGCUUCACCUUAGAUCAGGACUCUUGCACAUUACACUACCGACGAUCCACUGCCAACCCCAGAGUUUAUGGAUUUGAGAUGGUGGUGGAGGACUUCCCGCAAAAGCACAUCACUCUGGGCUACACUGAUGGAUCCCGAUCCUACAAGGCCCCACUGGUUGGGAGCAGUAAGAGACAUGCCCGCAGUGUGUGGGGGAGCACAGCAGCCUUCACGACUACAAUCGCAAUCACAAUCCCACCACGAACAACCACAGCAGCAACAACACCAACACCUCCUCCACUCAGUAAACUGCCUUUGCAGUUCUCCUUUCUUGUGGACCCAGCUGCUCCCUCGUGUCAGGAGGGACUCUACUUGCCAGAGUUUUUGGUCCCGACACCUUUAAACGGAGCCCGCCUCCAUGCAGAGGUCGACAGAGAAGUGGAGAUCAGAGUCAGAGCACGAGCGUCACACGCAACAAUACAUGACAUCAUCAUCAGCGGCCCACUGAACAUCACCAAGCAAAGGAACACACAUGGGGAGUUCGUCAUCAGGUGGACGCCUAUCCAACAUGACCUGGGGGAGUUUUUCCCGAUCUGCUUUGCUGUUGAAGCAGUGACCGGGUCUGCUGGAACCGCCAUCACACACAUUCGCAAUCACAAUCACCACGCCACUCCAUCUCCACAGUCCGGCGUCUAUCAGUCCGAGAUGAGGUGUGUUCUGGUAGAAGUUCGGAAGGUGGCAGUUGAUUCCCAUGUGAUCUGCACCGAGUCCACGAUGAGAGUAGAGGUUGAGAAAUCUUCAUUCCAUGGACUCCAUGAGGAUCAUUUGCGGCUCAACGACGGCGCCAACACCGCCUGCAGGCUGCACUCCAACAGCACUUACGUCUUCGCCGAAAUCCCCCUCAGCGGUUGUGGCACUGAGCUCGAGGAAGACGGGGAUAACCUCAGGUUCAAGAAUGAAAUCACCACGUUUGACAACAGAGCCGACGUGAUCACCAGGAAACACCUGUUGGAGGUGCACUUCUACUGCCAGUACCCCAAACGUGGAAACGUGACACUGGCCUUCACAGCACACAGGCCCAUCGUCUCAGUGUGGGACAGGGGCUUCGGCAGGUUCACCUACCAGUUUGAGUUCUAUCCUAACGACCAAUACCAAGCCAUGGUUGAUCCAACUUCAUACCCGGUGGUGUAUGAAAUAGGGAGCAGGGUCUACAUGCAGAUAGAGGCCACCUCCUCCGUCAACAACACCGUGCUGUUUGUGGAGUCCUGCAGAGCUUCACCAUAUGACAACCAGAACUCCCAGCAGACCUACUCCAUCAUUGAGAAUGGGUGUAAAGAGGACCCGACCGUUCAGAUCCAUUCCCCCUCCCACCCGAGACAAUUCAGGUUCAGCAUGAAGGCCUUCAAGUUCAUCGGCAUGUAUGAUCAGGUGUACAUCAGCUGCACAGUCCUGAUGUGUGCAGCAGGGGAACCCAACACCAGGUCCUCUCAGGGAUGCAUCAGCUCCACAACGCCAGCCACUUGGCCUCAAAACCACCACCGCAGAAAGAGAGAGGUUCGCGUGGAGAGUGCCAGGCACUUCGUUUCCCAGGGUCCCCUGCGCUUAAAGAGAUCAGUGGAGAGCAGCGAAAGCUCAGCGCUCCACCUGAAUCUGAACCUGGUGUUCAUCGCUGGAUGUCUUCUCGCAGCUGUUGGCAUGAUCAGUGCCGUGGUCCUGUACAAGGCCAGGAUGUCAAAGGUCAAAUACCAACCUUUGUCCACAGAUGAACGUUAAGACAGCAUGCAGAAUACCAGUUCUGCACUAAUUACAUUUGACUACGUAAAGCUUUUGAUUCGUUUUGCUGUCAGAUAUUGAGUGCUCGUGUAUCUUCUGUGCCCAUUUAAAUGAAUGAGCUUCAUAUUAAAUCCUUUAUACAUGUCUACAGCUUAUAGGUGGAAAUACUUCAGCGAGGAAACAUCUGUGCCCCUGCAAACAGGAAACCAGAACGUUUUAUACUAAUUAACACUAAGAGGCUGAUCAACCAGUUCUGCACAGGGUUAUUAUCUUGAAAUGAAACUAAAUGAAAACGUUAUCCUUUAAGAAAAACUAAAAGCAAACUGAAACAAUAUUCCCUGUUUACAAAAUAAAUAAAGAUAAAAUAAAAAUGAGCAUAAAUUCAUUUCAGUUUUUGUUUCUUAGCUCUAAUAUAUCACUGCCAAAGAAAACAGUAGACAGAAUGAAACAUUACAUUCAUUCAUCAUCCCUCCGGAUCAUAAUGGCCAUUAAAAGAUCUCUUUUCAAAGCCAGAGUCGGUAGGAAUGAGAAACUAGCCUCAUAUCGGCCUUCAGAUUAGCCGUUAGACAUGCAGUUCAGUUUGUGUAGCUAGAAAACUUUCCACACUUUGAAACCUUUAUUGCGUUCCCUUCUGCUGACUCGGGCCGGGUUGCAGGCGCAGUAGGUUUAGCAGGGUAUUCUAGACGUACCUCUCCACAGAAACCUUUCCAGAUGAGAUAUAUGAUAUUUCUGGGUUUACCUGAGAAACCCUGUAAAGGGAGGUGUCCACAAGUAAUCCUGAUCGGAUGCCCGAACCAACUCUGCUGGAUCCUUCACCGCCUGUAAUCAUGGUGAAGUCAUGUAUUUGUGUCUUUUAAAUGGGAUUUUAAUUUACAAUAAAAGGGGAAAUGUGCAUUAUAUCAACCUUCCAUUUGAUGUCUUCAUUACAUAAUAAGCAAUGCUUUGUUUGUCUGUGGUUUGUUGUGCAUGUGUGCGAUGUAAUCAUUCGGGGCUAACGUCAGCAUGCUAAUGUAAGCGACGUGGGUGUAUGAUAAAGAAUAAAUCAGUUCAACACA